GUCUGUGGUUGGAAUAAUUCGGAAACAAACAUGGCGAAGCUAUUGGGGUUAGAUAAAGUUGUAAAAUUCGUUCGAAUAAUACGAGAAAAUGGGGGUAUUUUUAAAUCAUUGCGCACUGCAUACAGGAUGGAUACAUUAAAAAGUGGAACCUGUGUAGGCGAGGAUGAAUUUGGAAACAGAUACUUUGAAAAUAAUGAAUAUUUCUAUGGUACAAACAGAUGGGUAGUAUAUUCGGACAGGUACGGUAUGGACUAUGAUGGUUCUCAAGUAACACCGGAAUGGUUUGGAUGGUUACAUUAUAAAACAGACUUACUCCCUCAUAAGGAUCCAUCACGACCAAAACAUAAAUGGAUGACAGAACACAAACCAAAUUUAUCUGGUACAAAUGAAGCUUAUAUGCCUUAUAGUACUGUGCCACCAAAGAUACAACCAUGGAAACCACAACAAUAGUAUACUUUUGCUGUAUUCUAUUAACAAAUAGAAUUGUUUAGACUUAUUACUACAAUAAUGAGUAUAAUAUGUAAU